CAUCUGUCAUAAUGAGGGUGUCUCCUCUUUUCUACUAGGCAUUAUCGGGGAUUCCUUGUUGUUACGCAGGUGUGUACAGGCACAGACGCGACUGACACACACACACACACACACACACACACACACUGCCUCGGCUGGACUCUGUGUUACCCGUCAUCAUGUUCAAGGGGACUCGGAAGGAGACUCGAGGGGACUCGGGGGUCCUGGAUGCUGCUUCUCUGAGGCAGCAGAGGAGGCUGAAACAGGCGAUCCAGUUCCUCCAUAAGGACUCAGCUGAUCUGCUGCCUUUGGAUGGACUGAAGAAGCUCGGGACGUCAAAACAGGGGCAGCCGCACCACAUCAUCCAGAAGCGCCAGCUGGAGGCCAAGCUGUCUCAAGGGAGGAUGGUAACUCUAAACAACAGAGAGCUGCUCCUGAACUUAAGUCAGUUCAAUUCAAAUGAGAACGAGGAAGAAGAGGAGGAAGAUCUAAUAUAUGUGCCCUGCAAGUGUUUAGGAAAGGAGGUAAAUCUGCUGAUCGACAGCGGCUGCAAACUGAACCUGAUGUCCUCACUGACCGUGGAGAGAUCCGGUUGGAAAGAUCUCGUUGAGGAGAACAAAAUGGAGGCGAACGGUUUCCCUUUUCAGAGGAAGCUUUGCAUCGACGGACAAAUCAGAGAACUCAGCCUCACCAUAGGAGAGCUCAGGAUCAUGUGCUCCUUCGUUAUAGUCGAAAGUAACAGACCGCUGAUGUCUCUGGGCUACAAGACAUUAAAGGCACUAAAGUGUGUUAUCGACACUGAAAAGCAGAUGUUGGUGUUCGGGACAAACGUGAGAGAGCAGGUUCAGUUUGCCAAGAAAACAAACAAUGAAAGUUCCCACAACUUUAGCGACCUGUGACUCAAUCUCCCUGACCUCUGGCACACACAGUGAUCUAAAGCAAUACAACUAUUUAAUAACACAAGAACAACUAGACGCUUUAUCGGGGGACUUUAAAAUUUUCAUCUCAUUCAUUCUCACUUUCACUCAGCUUGUUUCUUUAUUGCAUUUAUAAGUCAGAUGAGUGAUAAUAACACUGAUUUCAGUAGUUUUUACCAUUACCACUAUAUGUAUACAGUCUUUGUUUUUGUUUUGUAUACCGACAGCAGUCUGCACAGAAGCAGCCCCCUCAAACUAACAGCUCCUUGAGUAACACUUUAAAGCUUCAUUGUAGCCUAGCUGUCACUACAGUAGUUUGUAUUGUGCAGCUAGAAUCAAAGUAUUAGCAGAACUUGUAGCACUUUAGACUUUAAGAUUGUGAUUUGAAGCUCUUAUAGCAAAAUGUAUAUUGUUGUGCAGUACAUCGCUUAUUAUAAUAAACGUUUGUAGUAAUACGUUGAUGUUGAACAGAUGGUUCAGGAGUAGAGUUUAAAUAUUUAGCACAAGUUGUUGCAUUUAGUGCAAUAGUAUUUUCUAAUAUUGUUUUCUGUAUUUUCUAGAACAAAACAUGUAUUUGCAUUAAGGUCACUGCCUUUUAAUGUUUACAAAAAGUUAGAGACACUCCUGAUAUGUUUUAUCACUCUACUGUAGCCAAAGUGCAACACUGAAUAAAAAAAUAAAAUCCUAAAUGAAGAGAA